UUCAAGCUGACGUCUGUCAUUACUAGCAUAUCUCGCCUAGAGACGCGGCAGACGCAGCCGCGCGACGAAAAAUAAUUAAAUUACAAUACAGUUCACUUUCCGCGCAUAACAGUCACUUGUUUGUCAAUUGUGUUUAUGGAAAAUCCGAGGGUUCUAUCUGAUAUUGUCUCGUAUCCUCAAUUGAGGUGUUAUGAUAUAAUCUUCUACAAAUAACUACGAUAACAAAGGAUUUAUAGGACCUCCAGCAGGUAUAAAGUUCCUUGUGUUAGUGGGUGAAGAAGUGAAUAUCAUGAAGAGUAUACUCAGGCAGACGAUGGCUGCUAAAGUGUGUAAAAGUGAGGAUGACCAGUAUGACUAUGUGCCCCCCGAAGGUGGAUGGGGGUACCUGGUCUGUGUGGGGCUCUCAGUUAUAUUUAUUGCAGGUACAGCCCACCAGCCAGUAUUCGGCUUCAUUUACAAUGACUUUUUGGAUGAGCUUGGGGCAGGAACUGGAGCAGUCACAGUGGUAUACGGAGUGUUUCAAGUCACAUUAGCUAUCUCAGGUUUCUCAGCAAACAUAGCCCUGAAAAGGCUCUCGCUCCGGCAGGUCGGGCUUAUAGGAGCGUUUAUAUACACGCUGGCGUCAUUCCUAGCCAUAUUUGUCGUAUCAACAACCCAACUAAUCAUAACAAAUGGCUUCCUCCAGGGAUUGGGGAUGGGCCUCCUCAUACCAGUGUCGUACACAAGUUUUAACAGUUACUUUACGAAGAAAAAGGUGCUCUAUCUCAGCCUGUGUAAGGCGUCUAUUGGGUUGAUAACGAUGGUGUAUCCAUUGUUUAUCAAGUUUACAAUGACCGAGUAUGGAUUUCGGGGGACGUUGGCGAUACUGUGCGGAAUAUCCGCGCAUAGUAUAUUCGGUGCGGUGGUGAUGCAUCCAGUCAAGUGGCACAUGGUGAAGCAGCCGAAGUCGUGCGAGAAGAUUGUAUUGAUUCCACCAACGCCAGCCGUCGACGAGGCAAAAGAAAAAUUCGAUUUCAAAAGCAUCGCGCUCAACAAGGCGGAUAACACCAGAUCAGUCGAUAAUUUGUUUUCGAGCGAUCGCACGGAAAAAACACGCAAUGCGGAAUUACUUUUCGCACCGAAAUUAUCCGAUUCUAGGAGGCUGAGCAUCCCAGUUGUCCUAAUUCCGGACAGUAGGACAAACAGUCGAUUCAAUUCAACAGACGAUGUGUACAUCGAAAACCUGUAUAAGGCGGCUUCGGUGUCGAGUUUGGGCAAUUUCGGCAAUAUCGCAGCUGAGCCGAUGCCCAUCAUCAAGAAUAAAGAGGGCAAAUGGCAAACCGUGGCAGAGUUUCUAGAUCUGACGCUUUUGAAGGACUGGGUAUACGACAACAUUAUAUUAGGAAUGGCAUUGGCAUUCUUCUCCGAUUUGACAUUCUUUACAUUGGAACCUUUGUUCCUGGGGAAGCACCAUCUGAGCAGGGGUGAAAUAGCAAACAUCAUAGCAGUAGGUGGUGCUACUGACAUGACAGCCAGGCUCCUGCUUGGAGUGGCAGGCCAGUUCUUCAGGAUCAACAGCCGCCAUAUGUUCUUCGCUGGCGCUUUACUGGCUGCUGUCUUUAGGAUAGCCUUCAUCCAGUUUACAACAUACUUGCCGCUGCUCAUCCUCACGAGUUUGCUCGGCGCGUCCAGGUCCUUAGUCCACAUCGCCCAGCCCAUAGUCAUGGCUGAACACGUGCCCAUAGAGAGGUAUCCCCCUGCGUACGGACUCUAUAUGCUGCUAGCGGGAGGCAUCAGUCUGACCAUUGGACCCAUGAUCGGGUUCAUUCGAGACUACACUGGCAGCUACGUCAUCGCAUUCAACAUGCUGACUGCGUGCAACCUUUGCUGCGUCAUUCCUUGGGCCAUAGAGGGCGUAUACAGAAGACUGAACAAAUCAAACGCUGGGAAAAACUCAGAAACGUGAACGAGUUCUGUGUUAUCUGUGAUAUUAACUUAAUUACUGAACCGGUUAGUCCUUGAAUAAUCAACAGAUGAAGCUGGUCGUUAUAUUUUUAGUUAAGGUUAUGUUGGCGGUGUAUUUUGAGGCAGUUUACCAAGUUGCUUAAUUAAUUAGGUAGUUUUAUGGUGCUAUCGUUUCCUUGGUCAGCAGUGUUAAGGUUGACUACACACCAAGCCUAUGGUGUCGGCGUAUUUAUUUCAAAAAUAAUCAUAUCGACUACUUGUAUUUUCUAUGACUAUUGACCUGUCAAAAGUCGACGACUCAAGACGGCGGGUCGGCGGGUUUGGUGUUCAAACUGCAUUAUAAUGGCAGAUUGCUGCGUCGCAGGCUUGAAUACAUCAGGAGACAAAAAAUGAGCAGUGUGCAUCCCUCAUCUAGUCGCCAUAGUACAAGUUUAGCUAGGUUUGGAACUAGGAGUUUAUGAAGAAGUUGACACUAUUUAUUACCCGACUACGGCAAAGCAAAUGGAGGGUUAUGAUUUUGACAGGCUAUGUAUGUAUGUAUGUAUGUAUGUAUGUAUGUAUGUAUGUUCCUCUGUUCCCUCGUAACUUCUAAACUACUUAUCAGAAUUCCACAAGGCGCCCUCUAGAGGACAAAACAUACAGAGUAAAAAAAUAAAGUUAAGAUUAAUAUGCCGUGUUUGGUAUCAUUUGAAAGCGCUUUACUUGUACAUUUUGA